UAUUUUAGUCUGCCCCAGUGAGUCGUGUGGAAUGUGCAACCCCCAAGCUCAGGCUCCAGCCUGUGGGGCUGUCUCUUACAUCGAAGUAAUCCACUGCUCCACGGUCUCACGUUCAUUCCACCGGCCGCCACGGGAUCGGUUACCCUGCUGAAGAAUGUCUUCUUCCCCCGAGUUGUCCCCCCACCUCUUCACUACAGUACCCCUAUUCCUCUCAGCCACUCCAGAGGUUCCUCAUGUGCCCAAUGCCACCUCCUGCCAGGAAUGGGAGCAGACUCACCACCUCCUCUUCCACCUGGGGAAUCUGUCUCUGCUGUUGGGUCUUGUUGUCCCCACCACCCUGGGUCUGCACAUGAUACUUCUGCGCCUCCUCCUGAUAACAGGAUGUGGUCUUUUCAUUGCAUGGGCCACUCUGUACAAGUGCAAUCUGGACGUGAUGGUUUGGAAUGUGGUCUUUCUGGUCGUCAACUUCAUGCACUUGUUCUUCCUCCUGUACAAGCGACGGCCGAUAAAGAUUGACCGAGAACUGCAGUCAGUCUACAAGCGGAUGUUUGAGCCCCUACAUGUGCCACAGGCUUUAUUUCAGAGGCUCACGGGACAGUUCUGCACCAUUCAGACCUUGAAGAAAGGCCAGGCAUAUGCUGCUGAGGACAAAACCUCUGUCGAUGAGCGCCUCAGCAUUCUCCUCAAAGGAAAGAUGAAGGUGUCAUAUCGAGGCCAUUUCCUCCACAACAUCUAUACCAAUUCUUUCAUUGACUCACCAGAGUUCAGGUCCACUGAGAUGCACAGAGGAGAGAAGUUCCAGGUGACCAUCAUGGCUGAGGAGAACUGUAAGUUCAUGUGUUGGUCUCGGGAGAGGCUGACCUACUUUCUGGAGUCAGACACUUUCCUUAAUGAGGUGUUCAGAUAUCUCAUUGGAAAAGACAUCACUAACAAACUGUAUUCUCUCAAUGACCCUACGCUCAGUGACAAGACUGCAAAAAAGAUGGACCGUCAGCCAAGCCUGUGUUCUCAGCUGUCCAUGAUGCAGAUGAGGAACAGCAUGGCCAGUACCAGUGACACUGAUGAUGUUCUUUAUCAGAUACUUCAACGAGGGUCUGCUGGAUCAAUAUACCAGAAAUCCCCUGGCACCAAGACCUCCACGAAGAUGAAACCCAUUGAAGAGAGGAUGGAGGAUGAUGUAUUCGAAGAAUCUCCCUCCAAGUCUCACCGAGAAUCCAGCACUUCCACUGAGGAUGUGUAGUCAGCAGCAUCGUCAUCAUUACAGAAUUUUUUAGCCAGUCUACUCAAAUGUCAAAUAUACUUUUGCUAACGUUUAGAAACAUCUCCAGUGGACACUGUAGGUAACCCAAGAGAGAUUGUAGUGGAAUGGAGAGUCCUUUGAGUGUUUUUGUUUAUUACUUAUUUCAAAUCAUCCUAAAAUAUUUCCUGUGAAAUGGUGUAUGGCUACACAUGCAUGUGUUAUGUAGGUCUUUUUUUUGACACACUUCUCUGUGGAAAUGUUUUUGUCCUCACAAUAAAAUACCAUCAUUACUGUAA